UUUUUUUUUAAUACUUCCUCAUUACUUGAUUUUAUAUUUUUUUUAAUCGGUGACGUCACUCUGCUACCACAUUGGACGCUAUAUAGAUUAUAAAAUUAAAAAAAUAUCAGUCAAGAUUCAUUAUUUUUGAAGAAUAAUAAUGACGAUGGAUAAAAAUAAUGUAAACUGAGCAAAACAUUUCAUUUCAUUUUACAUGUAGAAAUUAAUUUAUUCACUUCACAUUGGCAGAAUUGUGCGAAAUUCGCAGAUAAGCCAUUAAUAAAAGAAGAAGAAGAAGAAGAACAAUAAUUUCGGAUGUAUCAGACCCUGAAGUUGAAUUUCCGAUGAAACACCAUCAACCACCAAAAUUCUAUUUUAGUCUUUGGACGAAAGAUGUGACUAUUGUUUGUCUCCUUCUAAGUAUAUAUUCUGUGGUGUGUUUAAAACUGUCAAUGUCGCAAAAAUAGAUGCAAAGUUUAGCGGAAAAGAAAAACAGAAAACGUAUCGAAUUUAAUUAUUUUUUAAGAAAAACUAUAACAUAAAUAUGGCUACGUACGAUAAUAAAAUUUGGUUACUUAAAAAUAUUAGAGAAGCAUUCAUUGCAACAGAUGACACAGGCCUAUGUGAAAUUGUGAUGGCUGGCGAAGACUUUUCGAAAUUAUUCCAAAAUAAAGCUUUAGAAGAUAAAAAGAGGAUAAGAGAAAGCAAACUAAAUCAGCCAAGUACCAGUAAAGUCAAAGAAGAAAUGGGUGAUACAUCUGAUGAAGAAGAAAAAGAGAUAAUAACUCAAUUCGAUCCAUAUCCAGACAUGGAGGACAGUGAAGAUGAAUAUGGUAGCAGCUAUCUACGUUAUGAGGAAUUUGGUGGAAGGCAACGAUCUAAUACAGCACAAUGGCUUGACAAAAAGGAACAAGCUUUAAAAAAGGCAGCUAAAAUAAAAGUUGUUAAGUGGGAUGAUUCAUCUCCACAACUCAGUACUGAACAGAUUGCUGAAAUAUUUACGAGAUCAGAAGUAAAGAAGCCAGAAAAGAAGAAGUCAUUGCUAGCAGAACAAAUGGAAAAGUGUCCAGACCUUCCGCACCGACAAUACUUAGAAUAUGCAAAGUUUGAUGGUACAGCUCAAAUGGGGCUUCCGACGAAAUCGUUCAAGAUAUUCAUGACAAUGCUACCAGAAAAGCAUCAAAACUACCCUCUUGUUGUCUGUGUGAUUGCCAGUGCCAAGAUUAAAGAUUUAAUAGGCUUUACAUGCUACAAAUACAGCAUUGAACACCCUGAAAUCACUCUUGGGUCUGUGCAUAGUUAUGGACUUUGUAUAGCUGAGGAUGAUGGAGAAGUAGAUUGGGCAUUCCCUUGCCUUGAUAUUAAUGAACCAUGUUCCAAAUUUGGCUUCACCUGCCUUGGAUUAGUGGAUUUAAAGAACAAAAAUGUGUUUGCUCAUGCACCUCUGUCAAUACCUGAAGAAGGCAUGCUGGAGGUGUUUCCGAAAGCUUUAGAAUCUGGUCAGAGUCAUCAGAAUCCAUCUAGACAACACACUGGAGGAAGUGCCACAUCAGAAGCAGUUAGAAAAGCCAUAAAUGCAGUGAAUCAAGAACGUAAAGUAGCUGAAUCAGAAUUAGACAAGAUACAAUCACAUUUAAAUGCAACUGAUGCGCCACAGUAUAAAACAUACAGGGUGCACCUUUUACGUAAAGUGCGGACUAACACUUUAGUUCAAUUAGGUAUAUCACUCGAAAGGAUUGAAGUGGAGCCCUUGGUUGCACAUAAACAUCAAUUUUGGUCACGAUCAAAAUACUUUAGACUCAAUAUUGAUUCGGUUGCGUGGUGUCAAAUACUUGAAGCAAGAGCAAAUAAAACUACAUUCCGCAUAGUCUACUCACCUACAAAUAGUAAUUACUAUGGCGAUCCAAAUAAUUCAGGUGGAGCCAGUUUUUUUCAUCCAAACACUGUGUAUAAAAUAUAUGACUUUGAGUGUGAACAUGAUAUGGCUAGGGAAAUAGUGGAUAAAAUAAAUACAAUCCUAGACUUAAGGAACAGUCCGUGUCGUCGCGAAUAUAAAACAUCUAAAGAGAAGAAAAUACAAGCUAGGAGAAGUUUCCAAACAAGACAUUUAAGUUGAGUUUUGGUAAAAAAUAACACUGUAUUAAAAAUUUCGAAGUUCCUGUUUUAUAUGCAUCCUUUUUUUGUGUAGUCAGAUAAUAAUUAAUUUAAAAAAAAACCUUAUCUUAUAUAUUCUCUGAAAAUAAAAUCAACAUCUGCAGAGUGAUUUUGUAAAAAUCCGAACCCGAAUUGGAAUUCAUUCAGGUGUCCGAUUCACUUCGAAAAAGAAAAGCGACAUCCGCUUAACCUUUAAUUGGUAUUAACGUUUCUUGGCAUAAGUAAAUUGAGUUCGAAAUGACAGGAAUUAAUCAAGCAUCUUUUUGUAUUUUUUUUUUAUACAAAAAAUGGAAUUAAUGGAAUUUCCACACUAAAUUAAACUAAGCUUUCAAAGUGAAUCGGACACCUGAGUGAAUUCGAAUUCGGGUUCGGGUUUUUAAGGAAUUGCUUUGCUGAUGAUGCGCUGUGCAGAGCAUUUUUCACUACCAAUCCAUUAUCGUCUUUAUAUAUGUUGAAAUAUGAAAAGAUUUGGUACUGAAAAAUGUUCAGCGCUAUCAAUUUCAGGUAUAUAAUGGUCUUAAAAAUCUAUUUUGUUUCAUUGCGAAAAAUCGGAAACUAAUGAAAUGUUAUGUAUUGAUGAUUGAAAAUAAUUGAUAAAUCCACCAAUUUUAAAUUCAAUGAAUCUCUUAACUGUUGGUCUUUUACAUUAAAAAACUCUUUUAAGCAUAUUUGAAGUGUAUAUUAAAGGUGUGUGAAGUGUAAAAAGUGCUUAACAGCUAUUUAUCACAGCAACAUCAAGUGGAAAAAGAAUUACUAAUCGCAGCUAAAGUAUACAUGCUUUGUCGACACUAGAGACAUUACAUUAUUUUUUUUUGAGCAAUGAUAUUUAUUUAUGUGCUACAGAACCACAUCUCAUUGCAUUGUACUUAUCUGCUUUUAUACAACUGGUUAGUUUAUCACGAAUCAAUACAAUGUGAUAUGGUUCUAUGUGAAGAAUUCAGUAUUGAGUAUAGUACCAAUGAUUAAUUACAUUUUGUUUUAAUACGAAUAGUUGAAAAUUUUACACAAUAUUAUAAAAUAUAAUUUAAACGGCUCUUAUAUAGGUUUAUAAUAAUUGUAAGAUCUAUGUGAAGUACUUGAAUUUUUGUAUGGUGGUGUAUUUUGUAUACUUAUUUGAAUAAUUAAUUUGGGCUAGAAUUUAUGAAACAUAUUAUCUUUGUUUUUUACAAUUUCCAAAGGAUGUUUCGACAAUUCUACCUCUUGUAAUGCAAACUCCGUUGUCAGAUUAAGACACCGCUAUAUACGUGUGUGGUGCCAUCCCGCUCUGACAACUGUGACUGCAUCACAAGUUUAUGGUAAGAUUGAAGAUGAUAACAUUGGCUGUACGCCUAAUAAUAAUAACAUGUCGAUUAAUAAAAACAAUCAAUCCUUUAAUAUUUUAAACUGAAAUUUUAGCGUCACAUUGUAUACAAUGUAAACAAUGAAAUUGCUUUUAAAAAUAAGUUACUGUUAUUAAUGAAAUUAUUCAAUUCCAUUUUUGUUAAUUUAAUUGUUUGUUUGUAAUGAAAUGUAUGAAUUUAUAAUGAAAUCUUACAAUAAAUUGUUAUUUAAUGGUUAAUCUUGUUUAUUUCUAAUACCGUUGUUUAGCCCUUUAAAUUAUAAUUAAACAAGGGGUCGAACCUGCUUUAAAAAGGUUGUGCUUGGUAAAAUAAAUACAUAUUUGCUACUAUCAAGGAUUGUUGAGCUUUCAGAACCAAGUUAUUUUUAAAUCUAAGAAAAUAUAUAAUUACCAAAAUACUGUUUUUGAGGGUGCUACAUUUAAAAAUAUUACAUGAAAAAUACUAUACAUAUAUCGCUGAAAAAACGUUGCCAAUAGCAUACAAGUUGUCUUCAGCCCUACGAUUCUGUAAAAAUCUAAACCCGAAUUCGAAUUCACUCAGGUGU